UGCAGCCUUGGGGUGGGGGGCAGCCGGGGGUGGGGUUGGGGAUAAAGAGGGGGACACCACCGCACCCCACUCCCCCCCCCCCCCCAAGAGGAACCGGCUCCACAGCAUCAUGGGGGGAGUGCGGGUGCUGGUCCUGGUGACACUGAUGGGCACCCCCAUGGCCUUGGGGACCCCCGUAGCUGUGGGGAACCCCAUGGUUGUGGGGAACCCCAUGGUUGUGGGGGGUCCUGUCCGCCCCCCGUGUCGUCCCAUCAACGUGACAGUGGCCGUGGAGAAGGACGAGUGUCCCCAAUGCCUGGCAGUGACCACCACGGCUUGUGGGGGGUACUGCCGCACCCGGGAGCCGGUGUACCGCAGCCCCCUGGGUGCCCCGGCUCAGUCAGCCUGUACCUAUUUUGGGGUGCGCUACGAGCGGUGGGUGCUGAGGGGCUGCCCCCCCGGCACCGACCCCAGCGUCACCGUCCCGGUGGCCCUCGGCUGCCACUGCGGCCGCUGCCCCAUGGCCACGGCUGACUGCACUGUUGCCGGGUUGGGCCCUGCCUUCUGCGGAGCCCCGGGGGGGUUUGGGGGGCAAUAAAGUCACC